CCUUUACAUAGUCUAUACCUCAAAACUGACGUUCGCUUGUAUUUCGUUGCUUGUGGAGAACGAAUACAACUAGGGAAGUUCACGUCUACCCACGGACACCGCUGCAUUUCCCCGCAAUUUGUUACAUGCCUAUCUCGAAUAUUAUCCCCAUGCGUCACAAUGUAGACGUCAUCUGCACGCUAGACUAUCUGUCAAAGAUCUGUCUACCCCGGAUUCAGAUUCAGAUCCCUAAGUUCCUGUGGCUUGCAUACGGAUCAUUACGUAGCUACCGAGGCAAUAGCUAGAUGAACUGGUCAUAAAGCAGAGGCUCCCAGCUUAACAUUCCGUUGAUCCUCAUCUUACCACACCUCUUCGCACUUCCAAACUCUAUUUCCAACCCUUCUCACCUCCAAUAACAAUGUCGCCAAAGCCCCACUCCAAGACCGUCCGCGGAACUCUCGACAACCCCAAGACACAAGAAGCCAUCAAGUCCGGCACCAAGCCACCGCAGCUCGGAGACCCCGUCUCGCUCAAGCCUGAAGGCGACAACCCGCCAACGCCUGACUCGAACUCGAGCUCGAACACAAAGUCUUCGUCAUCCGAGUCGAGCGUUGCAUCAGACACUGCUGCGGCAGUGACGGAUCUCUACAAGGGCGCAGGGCAGAAAGACCUGCCCGGUCCACUCAAGAAGUUGGACUCGAAGUUGUAGGAGGGAGGUUGGCGCAUGAAGCGCAAGGAGAAAGAAAGAGCGUAGCAUAGUUCGGAUAUUGCCGAUCUUCUUCACGAUAAAGUUGUACGAAUACAGCGAAAUAAUGACAAAAACUUGACAAUACCUACUACAAUGGAAUGCUAUGUACAUACAUUGGCGGAGCUGAGCAAUCAAGUGUGAGCAAUGCGCAAGGAACCUCGAUUCAUA